AUCUCUGAAAAGAUAUUUCAGCGGAAACACAUUCACUCCGCAGUCAAUAGAACAAACUGAAAGAAUAAAUAACUUGGCAUUAAAACAGACAGUGUUUUGAAAGUUUCGUAUACGUAAAUAAUGUUUUCACUGAUGAUUUAUUAUUUGAACACUUUUGUAUUUAUUUACGAGUAGUUUUUGCUGUGUGAACAAUUUUGUUGGGACGGGAAGACAUGGAUAGUGACGGCAACUGCGUCGAGGUUGAGAGUGGUGGAAGUCGCAAAGCUCUUCGUACUCCGAAGUGCGCGAGAUGCCGCAAUCAUGGCGUUAUAUCGUGCUUGAAGGGGCACAAGAGGCUGUGCCGCUGGCGCGACUGUCGAUGCCCUGGUUGCUUACUGGUGCUGGAAAGACAACGCGUGAUGGCUGCCCAGGUGGCGCUGCGGCGGCAGCAGGGCGCGGGCGGGCCGGCGCGCGACGGCGAGGCGGCUGCGCUUGCUGCUCGCAAGCGGGCGUACCGCGCGCGCCUUCGCAGCGUCCAAGUGUCGCGCACCCAUGCUGCUCCUUCUACUGCCUCCUAUGGUAACGUAAGAACAAUAGAAGGUGAUGCCGCAUGGAGUGAACGGAUAAGAAGACGCAAAGUGUUCGCAGAUGCGGCGCUGGAAGUGAACAUGACCGGCCCUUUGCCGGACCCCGUCCCUGCCGCGCUAUGCAGGCACCUUCUGGCCGCCCUCCUGACUAACUAUGCACCACCGCCACCGCAGCGACCCAAGAUAUCCUUCUCUAUUGAAUCCAUUAUUGGCGUUCAAUAAUAGAUAACUCAUAGCUAAUAGUCCUUUCAUCGACUUCAUUGCUAACUUUGCAUCGACAUAAAUCGUUAGAUGGGCCCCACCUUAUUAAAGAACGCAUAAUUUUAUGUUAUUACCCAAAGACGUGCACGCACAUCUUAUCAAGCGCAUGCUGUGACGUGGACUUAUUUACUUAUUUUUUUCUUAUUUUAAUCCCUUACCUUCUACCUUCGUGUUCAUUUUGGAAGUGUAAAAACACAAGCCACAACAUGAAUAAAGAGAAAUGUGUUACGAGUGAUGACGUAUCUACUCAAUGUGCGAAACCGAUGACAAUUCCUCGAAGCUUUGAGGCCCAUCUAACGAUCUACGAUCGAUGGUCGUAGGUACCUAACACCACCGUCAAUGGAGUAGCUACUUACUUACUUAUGUAUGGUCUAAAGCCUAGUUCGGACUACUUUAGCAGUUUAGUCGAGUAGCGUAAAAAGCUUAGCUGCUAAACGUGUCUGAACACCAAAAAUUUAGUCAAGUAGGUUAGUACUUGACUAAAAUGCUAAAGUAGUCCGAACAAGCAGCAAGAUCCGGCAUUAGAAAUUAUUAAAGAACCCUCACCUGUUGUUUAUUAGUGAUAAGAAAUAAAUGAUAGAAAAUAUUCAAAGUGACACACAAAAUAAAAUAAAAAGAAUUGUAUUGUUUAUAUCAUAGCGAAUAAAGAAGCAUUUUAUUUGAU